AUUCCAUCAUGACUGUGGAUGACGUCUAACCAACAAUCAGAUUUUCUCUUCCAUCUAUGAUAGCCGCGUUGAAGAAUAUCCCAAAAAAAACAAGGCUCUUUUAAUCAUUGCUGGAAUUGGGUUUGGCGUUAUUAUUUUGGCGUUUUUGGAUAUCAACUGAUCGUGCGAUAAAUGCAACGCUCGUACCCGUUCGCCUUCUUAACUCUGUCUUGAAUCCAACAACUUGCGACAGCCCAGGACAGCCUCAGGCUAUCGCAGCCUCAGUCCUCAAGUAAGGCCACCAAGGCAGCUCAACCACGCUUAAGGCCUCGUAGCCGCCUCCCAACCAACAUCUUCGCAGCGUCACCUUUCUCAAAAUGGACGCCGUCGAUGUUUCAGAGCACUACGAGGUCGGCACCCGCGAAGAAACUCCCUCCCUCCUCACCAUCGUCCUCGACACGAACCCUCGAGCCUGGGCAUCGCUCAACAAUGUUCUGCCCUUAUCGCGUGCCAUCGCAAACAUUCUCGUUUUCGUCAACGCCCAUCUCGCUUUCAGCAACGCAAACCAAGUUGCUCUUAUCGCCGCCCACGUUGAUCGCGCAGAAUGGCUCUACCCAACACCUCCCAAACCCUCACGCGACGCCUCUGGCGAUGUUGCCAUGAAUGAUGCUUCGCAAACGCAAACACAAACCUCGGCAAACAAGUUUCCGCAGUUUGCACAGAUUGAAGCUGCUGUUUUGGCUGCGAUUCGAAAACUCAUGGAUCAGACAAAGGAGGAGGACCUCUCUGCGACGACGACACAAAUCUCUGGGGCCUUGACACUGGCGCUAUGUCAUAUCAAUAAAGCUGCGCAGGCUCUUUGUGCGCCUACGGCCAAUCUCGAGGACAGCCACAAAGGCUCGUCGAAUACAGCCCCCCCAACUGUUCGAGGUCGAAUCCUAGUCAUUUCUGUGUCCGAUUCAGAACCCUCGCAAUACAUUCCUACCAUGAACGCUGUCUUCGCAGCUGGCCAUACCCAAGUCGCCAUCGAUACUCUCUCUCUUACUGGCGAGCCAACUUUCCUACAACAGGCUUGCUACAACACCGGUGGCACAUACCUCGCUGCUACACAUCCCCAAGGACUACUGAACUACCUCAUGUUCGGUCUUAUCGCGGACACAGAAGCUCGUGAAGCUCUAAUUGCCCCAACACACGACACCGUUGAUUUCCGCGCCGCCUGUUUCUGUCACGGCCGAGUUGUGGACACAGGCUUCGUCUGCUCAAUCUGCCUGAGCAUCUUCUGUGAGACGCCAGAGAACUCGGAGUGUUUCACGUGUGGCACCAAACUAUCUCUGGGUAACUAUGGAGCGAAACCCGCUGUUGUACCAAGGAAGAAGAAAAAGAAGCGCAAGAUCGUCAAUGGAGGCGGUUCACGGGAAGAGACAGGGAGUGCGACAGGGACACCCCGCCCUUGAUGAUCCAGCAAAUCGCUUGAAGAACGGGGGUGAAGAACGGGAUAUACCCUUGAUGACCAAUGUACAUAUAGUCUCACGGCGUUAAGGAAACUAGCCAGGCAUGGCACUUAUUGCAGAUAAUGCUACAGUCAACGCAUACUUCUCUAAACUCCAAAGGUCUGUAGACAUCAAUAUUGAAGUGACCAGAAUAAACAGCGGGCGUAGGGUUAUGAUCUAAAGGCUAUCACUUGAGUCUAAUGCAUAAGA